GUUGCCUGAAGAUUACAUCAGGUUGAACAUUCGUGUUGUGUUGUCGACGCUCAAAGACCUAAAAGAAUCUUAAAAAUUGUCGUGAAUAGUUUAGGUCAAAGGAACAUUAUUUUAUUACAUCACAAUGUGCGGUAUUUGGGCAAUAUUCGGUUUAGACUCCAACCUCCAUACGGUGUGUGGAAAUUCUUUCACUAAAAUAUCUCAUAGAGGACCUGACGCCUGGAGGGUCGAAUACGAUCGACAAAUUAAGCGAUGUUGUGUUGGUUUCCAUAGGCUUACGAUUGUCGAUUGCACUUAUGGGAUGCAACCAAUGAAACUGCAUCAGUAUCCCCAUUCCAUGCUUAUCUGUAAUGGUGAACUCUACAACUGCAAAGAAUUAGCGAAAGAACAUUCCUUCAACUACGAGACGUUCAGUGAUGUCGAAUGCAUUUUCCACUUAUAUAAAAAGUUCGGCAUCGAAAAAUGCGUGAAGAGCUUGGACGGUGUGUUCGCAUUUUGUAUUGUAGAUGUAUCAAAAAGAAAGGUACUACUAGGCAGGGAUCCCUACGGCGUUCGACCUUUGUUUCGAAUACUUAGUGCCGAUGGAGUGUUAGGCAUUUGCUCUGAGGCAAAAGGUUUGACAGGCGUUGGGGAUGAAUUAAACGGACAUUCCAAAAUCUUAAAACCAUUCCCUCCAGGUAGUUAUGAGGAGUAUGAUAUCCUGGAGAACGGAACUGUUAAACUGGUACGGAGCGAGACAUAUUUUCUACCAGGGGUGAAACCUUCCUUUAAGACUUUCGUGCCUUGGGAAGAUCUUCUUCCAAAUAAGCACCAGGAGAAUAUAGUAAAGCUGCUGACGAUGGCUGUGAAAAAGAGAUUAAUGGCCGAUAGGCGGUUAGGAUGUCUGCUGUCGGGUGGACUGGAUUCGUCCCUUGUAGCCGCCCUGCUGGUGCAAGAGGCAAAGAAGGUGAACUUGCCAUAUAAAAUACAGUCUUUUGCAAUAGGUAUGGAAGGCAGUCCGGACCUGCCCAAGGCUCGCGAAGUCGCGAACUUUAUCGGCACCGAACACCACGAGGUCAUCUUCACAGAGGAAGAUAUCGCCAGUGUUUUGGAUGAUGUCAUAUACACCCUGGAAACGCCAGAUAUAACAACCAUCAGGGCAUCGAUAGGGAUGUACUUGAUUGCCAAAUACGUCCUCGACAACACCGACACGACCGUUCUAUUUAGCGGGGAAGGCAGCGACGAAGUGGCGCAGGGAUAUAUUUACUUUAAGGAUGCUCCGGAUGCGAAAGCUGCACAUGAGGACAGCGUGAGGCUGUUGAGAGAAAUUUAUCUGUUCGACGGCUUGCGGGCUGACAGAACGAUGGCAGCCCAAAGUUUAGAACUUAGAGUACCAUUUCUGGAUUUGCAGUUCACAAACUACUACCUCAACAUAGAUCCAGAAUUGAGAAGACCGAAAGAUGGCAUUGAGAAGUACCUUCUGAGGUCCGCUUUCGACAAAUUAAAUUUGUUACCUCACGAUAUUCUCUGGAGACCUAAAGAAGCUUUCAGCGACGGUAUAGCCUCCACAAAGAAGUCCUUGUUUACUAUCCUGCAGGAGAUUAUCGAUAAGAGAAUGCCCGAACCGUUUGUUCAGGAUAUCGUUUCCCAGAACUACCCCCAUUGUACCCCAAAAACUAAAGAGGCAUUAUACUACAGAACCACGUUCGAGAAGAAUUAUCCGAAAAUGGCAGAAAAUUUCUUGCCCUAUUUCUGGAUGCCCAGAUGGAUUGAAGGCGUUACAGAUCCAUCCGCCAGGUUUAUAAAACACUACGCGGCUGCCGAAAAAUAAGUUUUAAUAUAGCUAUUUAAUUUG